UUUCUCUGACUGGACAUUACUAAGAGCUUAUUUUUUGCUCUUAUUCAAGACCAGAUAUCUCAACAGUUCACUUUCUGACAUGGGUCAUUACUACACAACCUUAAGCAACAAGGUUUUCCUUUCCUUCCUCACCAAGUGACACAAAGAUAACUUUGGCUGUGAUAACAAACUUGUACAGACCAGAUAUCGAACCUGUGAUCUCCCUGGUUUGUGUGCAAGUACAGUGUUUGUCAACCGGAUCAUCAGAUCUGCUUUUCAAAGGCUUCCUUUUUUAAGCAUCCCAUGUCCAAAUGGCAGAUCAACAGACGCUAUACGGUCCGGUGCACAUUCACAGUUUAAAAUCUCGGGAUGAACUCGCUGAACUGCUCUCGACCCAGUUGGAAGGGGGUCGGAUUAGAUCCGAACCAUUAGAGCCUUCACCGUGACCCGCUGUCUCCAACGCCACGCCCGCCACUUCCACAGGUGCGCUGCUCCGGGGCGGACGGUUACCAAGGCACACUCACUGUGAUCAGCCCAAGAGGUGGCGCGCAAGAAGGAGGUGGGACUUGAUGUUGAGCGACUGCAGGAAAGUCAUCACUGGCGGUCCAGUUUGUGGACGGACACUUCAUGGAAUGCUAUGACCCUACAAUUGAGAAUACAUUUAAUAAAACCAUAAACUUCAAUGGACAAGAUUUCUACCUCCAGCUGGUGGAUACUGCUGGGCAGGAUGAGUAUUCAAUUUUCAGCCUUUCCCACACAGUGAACAUUCAUGGGUAUAUUUUGGUUUACUCAGUAACAUCAAUGAAGAGUUUUGAAAUGAUUAAGACCAUUCGCAGUAAACUACUGGAUGUGGUGGGAAAAGUACACCGACCAUCUUCUCCACAUUAUGCUCCACCUUUUGAACCUCCAUGUUUUUGCCAAAUGUGCAGAAUACCAACAGUCCUGGUUGCAAAUAAGAGAGACCUUUCUAAACAAAGAGUUGUGCAACCUGAAGAAGGGAAGAAACUUGCUGAUUCUUGGGGGGCUGCAUUCUUGGAAUCCUCAGCUAAACAGAAUGAUAUUUUCCAGUCCUGGAGGCAUCUCCCUAAAUCUGUACACAUUCAAGUGAAAUUGCACCUUUCCCACAAUCCAGAGACAAGUGUAUUUGUGACCCAAGGUAUGGCCUCGUGUUCUAUGCAGUUUGUGCAAGAUGUCCUUGCUCUUGUAUUAUGUACCUUAAUUAAGGAAAACGUCUCGUAUGACUGGAUAUGCAAUCCAAGGUCCCUCCAUACUAUUUAAUAUCCUUCCAUUUAUAAUAUGCACUCAGUGGCCACUUUAUUAAUAAACACCAUUAAUGCAAAUAUCUAAUCAGCCUGUGAAGCAGCAACUCAAUGCAUAAAAGCACAAUACAUGAUCAAGAGGUUCAGUUGUUCAGGCCAUCAGAAUGGGAAGAAAUGUGAUCAGAGUGACUUUGUGGAAUGAUUGUUAGUGCCAGAGGGGGUGGUUUGAUUAUCAGAAAAAUUGAUCUAGGAUUUUUGAGUUUACCAAGAAUGGUGCAAAAAAAAAGCCAAACAUCCCCUGCAUGUCAGUUCUGUGGGUGAAAACACCUUGUUAAUGUGAGGCCAGAGGAGGAUGGUCAGACUGGUUCAAGCUGACAGAAAGGCAACAGUAACUCAAAUAACCAGGAGUUACAACAGUGGUGUGCAGAAGAACACAUUGAACCUUGAAGUAGAUGUCCUACAGCAACAGAAGACCAUAAACAUACAGAGUGGGCACUUUAUGUACAUGAGAUGCCUAAUAAAAUUAGCCACUGAAUGUAUUUUCUUGCCUUGUCUUGUCCAUCUAAUUAAACCAUCUACAUCUCUGAAAUUGAAAGCUUUAAUUCUCCCUGUCCCCAGAUGGCCAAUCUUUUGUCUCAUUUGCAAACUUGUCAUCUUAUCAGACUAAGUAUAGAUGCAACAAAAAUGAGGGGGUAUGGACUGAGCCUUGUGGAAUCCUUUUAAUCAUAGCACUUGUCAUUUGUUUACCCUUUGGAUUCAAUUUUCCAUUGUACAUGGUAUUCAAUGGCUAUUCAGGCUGAGUGAUCCUUUCAAAAAGUUAAGACUCCUUUGAAUUUGUUUUUCUUAACCCAUAUAAUAUUUCUUGCACUUCCCUUAAUUAAACAUCAAUAUUGCCCCCUCAUUUGUAAAGUCAGCAAUAAGUAUUCUAAGAACUAUACCUAAUCCUUUGCCUCAAUACAAAGUUACUCUUUUUGUUCCAUUAUACAUUCUGACGUGUUUAUGUCCACUAGUGUAUUUUUUGUACUUAUUUGCUGUUCGGGAGUAAACUGAGGACAAAUCAGGAGCUGGAGUCCCAAAGGCAGUCCAACGUUGCCUUCAACCUCACUCUGGCAACUCCUGUGAUGUCACCGGUGCCAAGCUGUAUCGGCCCUUGCCCUUCCCUUGGACAACAUCGGUGGUGUGGAGAGGGGAGACUUGCUGCUUGGGCAACUGCCGGUCUUCCAUACAACCUUGUUCAGGCCUGUGCCCUGGAGGGAGACAUUCCAGGUUCAGAUCCAUGGUCUUGCAAGACUAAUGGAUGCCAUCACAUGCUGUUCCCAAUUUCUUAAUAUGCUUACAAUAGAGAAAUUGUGCAAAGUUCUUGAUUUUUGACAAAGCUUUAUUUGCCUUUUCCAUCCCUACAUGGACCAUGUCAUUAACAGAGCACAAGAUUUGGUAGCCCUACUCCUUUCCUAAGGAGCAUGCUUGCCUAUGAUCUCUGAAUAUAUCACAUUACUUCCAGUGAAUUACUAUUGAAUACCAGGUUGCAGUUGUUGUUUUGCAGUGUGGCAUCUCAACCCAAACUUUACUCCUGUUUUCUUUUUUCCGGAGCAACGCUUAAGUACCUUUUUCAUAUUGACUAGACAACAAAAUAAACUAUCCCAGAACAAAUAGUAGUUGUGGGUAGUUUUCUGUGAAAAUUCAGUGCAACAGGAUUAGAAACUGACCCUGACUUCCCUCUAUUGUAACUGCUAUCGUGCAUAAGGAUAGGGUGAAAGUAAUUGCUAUCUCUGGCAUAGUAUUUGCAUUGUAGACAUUGAGCAGGAAAUAUUAAAAUUGUGUAUGUCACUGAAUUGUUCUUUUACAGAGUACAGUGCAGAUAUUUGAAACAAUGAUCCAAGAAAUUGAAAAACCCGUUGGGUAUGUCCAGACCAAGAAAUGUUGCAUUAUGUAGUGAGCUUUGUGGCCAUGAUACUCCUCUGUUUGCUGAAGAAUGAAGGCAGUUACAAGACCUGAUUGUUUUGUUACUUGUACCUGAAGUACCAUAACUGCUCCAUACUAGUUGACUUGAUUUUCUAGAUCAUUGUACAUGUGGUGUUUGAUGUAAGUCUUUGCUUGGAAUACAAGUUUUUAGAGAAUCUCAUUUAAAAAUAAAGUAUUUGUUAAGCAAUCAGAAACCUGCCUAUUUGCACCAUCACUUAAAAUCAAUUGGUGGCCUUAGUUAAUGAGCAAUCUACUAAAUACAUUUUGGAGCCUACUGGGACUGGCACUUUAUCAUAGCCUUUUUAAUUUGAAGAUUGUUUACAUAGUGGGAAUGAAUGCAGUUGUCUCAAAUGUAUUUCUUAUUGUGAUAGACAUUUAAGUCUGUUUACUAGAGACUAUAGCAAAUUGAAAUUGUUCAAAGUCUUGAUUGUAAUAAUGGAGUCCUGAACUGCUGCAAUUCUUGUCCAAGCAAGAAUAUUUUUAAAAUCUUUAUUAUUGAAGAUCACCAAAAAAUACAAAGUCAAUGUGUCAUUAUAUACAAUGAAGAAUUAAAUUAGCAAAUAACUGAUUAACAAAGCUAAGCAAUAUAUCAAUAAGAAAGUGUUAAGAAUUUUUUUUGAAAGAAAAAAAACCCCUACUAAGAGGAAAAAACCCUACUAACUGUUUUUUUUAAAAAAAAACAUAGGGAGCACAAUCCUGGAGUUAUACAUCAUACAAGCUUCCAUAAAAGAAAAACAUCAACCUGCCAACUCAAAUCCAUUUAAAGAAAAAUCAGAAGGAAACCAUAUUAACUCAAAUCAGAUGAUAGUAGCGGAUGAAUGAGCCCCACCUUUUCUCAAAAUCAUAUCGAGGAUCAAAAGUUCUACUUCUGAUUUUCCCCAAACUAAGACAUAGUAUCACCUGAGAAAACCAUUGUAUCAAAAUAGAAGCAGAAUGAAUCUAUUUCAACAAAGUAGCCCUCUGUUCAAUAAUGUAACAAAUGCAAUUACACAUUGGUCUGAUGGAGAAAUACCAUGAAUAUAUUGAGAGAUUAUACCAAAUAAAACUGUCAGUUUUUAAGACUUCAGAAAUUGUAGAGAAAAUAGACUUCCAAAAAUGUUUCAAUACAGAACACGACCAAAAUAUGUGUCAAUGUGGCUGUCUUGGUUUUAUAUCUAUCACACUGACUAUCAACAUUAGGAAACAUUUUAGACAGUCUCUCCUUUGUCAAAUAGUAACAAUGUACAAUAUUAAAUUGAAUUAAAGAGUGACUGGCACAGAUCAAAGAAGAGUUAACCAUCAAAAUUUGCAACCAUUCUUCUGUUAUCAAGGUCAUGUUAAGUGCUCCUCUCUCCCAAUCUUGCUUAAUCUUAAGUGGUAAUUGUGCUGUUGUAACAAUAAAUUAUAAAUUUUCCCAAUAAAACCCUUCACUAAAGGAUUCAUUUUUAAAAUUAUAUCUAACAGGUCAGAAUCCUGUAUAUAUGGAAAAUCAAAUAUUCUUGUAAGAAGUGUCUGACCUGAAGAUAUUGCAGGAAAUGUGAAUAUGAGAGAGAGUAUUUAGUUACUAAUUUCUCAAAAGACAUCAAUCGGCCAUCUUGGAACAGAUCCAUGAAGGAAUUUAUUCCUCCAAAGAAGAAAGAUAGGAUCACUUAAUGAAGGUUUAAAUAAAUAAUUUUGAUAAAUUAAACUAAAAAGCUUAAAUUUUUUGAGAUUAAAAAAGUUAUGAAACUGUAAUCAAAUUUGUAAUGAUUGCUUAAUCACAGGGUAUAAAUUUAAAUUAGUAAUUUUGGCCAGUUGUACAGGUAGAGAAGCUCCUAAUAAUGAGGUUAAGUGAAACUGUUUCACAGCAUUCAAUUCCAAAUCAGUCCGAUAUAACAAAAGACACAUAUAAUGUAUAUUAACAGCCCAAUAAUACAUUCUUAAAUUAGGCAGAGCAAAAUCUUUUUUAAUUUUUGUAAAUUAUAUUUACCAAUUCCUUGUCUUUUAUUAUUCCAAACAAAUGAUGAAAUAAUAGUCAACCUGAUCAAAAAACUUCAUAGUUUUAAAAAAAGGGAUAUUUUGAAAUGCAUAUAAAAAUUUUGGUAAAAUCAUCAUUUUAACUGCAUGAAUAGAACCAGCUGACGAAAGUGUAAGUGGAUUCCAUCUACAAAAUAAUUACUUAAUAAAAUCCACUAAAGGAACCAAAUUAGCUUUAUAAAGGUCUAAUGAUUUUUAGUAAUAAUAAUACCUAAAUAUUUAAAUGAGUCUAACUCUAAAAGGAAUGUCAUCAUAUAUAGAAGCAGAAUCAUUUAGGGGAAAUAAUUCACAUUUAUGAAGGUGGGUUGGAAUCGAUUAAUGAUUUUAAAAGUCUUUCUUUUGCUUAAUAGGUUGAUUCCAACCAUGUACGUUCCAAUUUAUAAUGUUUAUCUGUAUAGUUACCAUUAAAAUUUUUUAUUUUAUUUAACACAUAAAUACACACAUACCAGCGCGGGUUAAUCAAAACUGGCAGUGAUAAGUAUAACCAUAUACAAAACAUGCAUGCUCUGGAACUCCGUAAUGGGAAAAAAAUACAAAAAAGAAAACUAAAAUUAAUCCUACAGUUAAUCCCAUAACUCAAAACUAACCCCAAUCCUCCCACCACCCCGAAAAGCCCAAAAUUCGGCCAAAGAAGCCAAAAUGUGUCCCCAUAGAGUAAAAAAACAGAGACUCCGUGAGCUGCCCAUUUUAUAAUAAUGGUUUUAAAAAGCUUUCCUUAAUCCCUACCCCCAGUUACAAAACAAAAUACAGCCCUAAAAUAGAAAAGCCCUGCAGAGGGAAAAAAAAUGUUAUGCUAAGUAUAAAAAGCCAAACACUACAGAGCAACACAUCACCAUAGUAAGUCAUGUUAACAGGUUCUUCUGCCCACUUACAGGCCUUGCUUCUAACUAAUAUAUAUGCAAUUUAAAUAUCAAUUUACUUUGAUGCCUUCCAUUGCUUUACAGAGUAUUAUUGUGCUGGAACAAUGGACACUGGUGAGGUUGAGUAAUCAUUAAUAAAUGGAAUGGAUUCCCAGCAAAAAUGGCUAAUACAAGAGGGCACAAUUUUAAGGUGAUUAGAGAAAAGUAUAGGGAUCUUAGGGAUUUUUUUUUAGUCAUAGACCAGUGGGUGUGUGGAAAGAUCUGCCAUGGGUAGUCAUAGCGGCAGACACAGUAAGGACAUUUGAGAGACUCCUAGAUAGGCUCAUGAUGAAAGACAAAGGGAAUCCUCUACAGGCCGGAAGCAUUAGAUUGAUCAUGGAGUAGUUUGAAGGGUGAGUAGAACAUCAUGGGCCAAAGGGCCUGUACAACAUUUGGCUCCCCACAUCCAGCUUAAAAGUUCAGAGAAAAAAAAUGUUUAUACUUAAUCCUUAAAAACAAGCUGGGGAAUGCAGAAACAAUCUCCAAAAAUGCCAAAACAAUAAAAUUAAACAAAGAGAAGAAUGCUUAUGUAAUCUCCAAUUAAGAAAAAUCAGCACCAUUUUCCAUUUAACUAAUACACCCAAUUAUAAAAAGUUUUUAGAAAAAAAACUAAGUAUCUAUCUACUAAACACUUACAACUAUGUAUAUAUAAGAAAAAGUCCUUAUGAACUAUGAAAACUAUCACUUAAUUAAUGGAAAAAAAGGAGGAUAGAAACAAAUAAUCAAACAAUCUGUCCAUUGUGUUAAUUCGCUCAGUAGAGCAAAACUGACCUUGGUUUAUUUGGAUCCUGAGAUUUCAAAGUGAAAAUUCUAUGCACUCUUUUGAUAUUGAGAGGUUGAGGUAAAAUAUCGGGAAACAGAUUGAAACAAGUUAGCAAAAUAGUCUAAUAAAUCCCCACUCUCAGAUCCUUCCUUCAGUACAACAAUUCGAACAUUAUUCCAACGAGAUCUUGCUUCCAAAUCGAUAAUCUUAUUUUGAGACUCUUCCAAGCGGGAUGAGAUAGCCACUAUCUGACGCUUUGUCUCUUUAAGUUCAGAAUUCAGGGAAAUAAUAUUUUCCUGCACAAAUUGAAAACUGUUUUAUAACGACUUCAUCUCAGAAGAGGUAGCAUCAAGUUUUACCGUGUUGUUGUCUAUUUUCCUGUUGAGAACCAUCAGUGAACGUUCUAGACGCUCAGCCCAAACCGGCAUAUCCUCUAAUUUUUUUCCCUUUUCCAUUGCUGGAUUCAGGAAGCUGCUUUCCACUUCUUAGAGAUUGUGACAUAACAACAUCUAUUCCCUUCUAAGAUCCGAUAAAUAAAAGUUAAAAAUUCAAAGUUUAAACUGGGGAAAAGGAAGAAUUAAUUGCAGCCACACAAACUGUGUGUCACUCCAUUAAACAGUAGGUGGAGUCUCCAAGAAUAUUGUUUGUAAUGGGUUAUUUAAGCUGAAUAACUGGGUUUGUGAAUACAAAGUGUAACUUGUUGCCAAAUCUACUGGUUCAGUGACCAAUCGUUGGUUUACUAUGAUUUGGUAUGAUGUCAAAAAUGCUUUAUGGAAUGGGUCUUGUCUGAUUCUUAAGAAGCAACUCAUGCUUAAAUCCCUUUCCUAUCUUUCUAGCGUGUGUGUGUUUUUUUUUGUUUGAAUGUGACACCAAAUAUUGCUGAUAGAUAGAAAGUAGAUUUGGGCUAGGCUGUGCAGCAAUAUGAAUUUUUUUGGUAAGGGAUAGCUAAGUUUUUGCAAAAUAAUUUUGAUAGUUGACUUGGAUCAACUGAUUUGUUUUGUUGAUAAAUAACUAAUUUGUUUUGUUGAUACAUAUUCAAAUGUGCUAGUUAAAAAACUCGGUCACACAGGGUAUUUGUACUUUAAUGACCAUUGUACUGCAAUGUUUGUAACUAUUGAUACAGAAUUUUGGCUUACAAGUUGCCUGUUAAACUUGUUUUCAAUUUAAUCAAAUUUGUGUAAUUGUUAUGUAACAAAAUGUCAUGCUGUAGCCAGGCUUUGCCAUUAUCAUGAGAGAGCCCUGCUAACUCUAAAUUAAAUAUGUUCCUAGUGUUAAUGAUAGGACUUGUGCAAUACUCUUUUGGGACAAAAAUACUUUUGUCAAAUUUGGUCAGAAUAAAAGCUGCUAUUUAGUCAGAAAUUGCUGCUAUUUGGAGAGAACUAGUCUGAUCAUUUUUGCGCUCAACUGGAGUAAUUAGCAGUACCUUUAAGUGAUGUUUGAAGUGCACUUUCAGUCAUGGAAAUUUGUACUGUAAAUUGAGAUUAAUUUUGAUGUUUCUGACCAUUCAAGUAUUUGUAUUCUGAUAAAGUUGGCCUUUUCUGAUUUUUCUCACACCCUUGGGAUUAAAAAAGGUCAACUGUUUCCACAUUGCCUUUGAAACAGUGCCUUGAAUUCUUUGUUUUUUUUCUUGUGUGAUCUAAAGAUGUAAUUGGGUCUUAACUUUAAGCUACUAAAUACAACAGUUAAUUGUUUGCUAAUGUGUAAUUAUCUUGUCUGAGUAAUACAUUUUUGUAGUGCAUUACCCACACUAUUUGGGUUUUGACAACUUAAUGAUUUUUUGUUGUGUAUUAUGUGAGACUGAUUUGUAGGACUUCUGCUUAAUAAAAUACUACAGAAUUA